UGGCGGCUCAGCUAGGCUCUAGGCUAGCGAUGCGAUAUGGAAGACAAGGCUCUCCCUGCAGGCAUCUCUGCCAUACACACAGCCUGCAAGGAGCUCUACCCAGAGCAGACUGACCCUGUACAAGUAGCCGCCGUCCUCAAGUAUUGGUUGGGUGGCCCAGACCCUCUGGACUAUAUCUCCAUCUACCGGAACACUGGGUCCCCUUCACCACAUUGGCACUAUGUCAGCUAUGGUCUAUCAAACCUUUAUGGAGACAAACGCAGUUACACGGAGAUUGAAGGAUUAAGUGGAUUUGGUUUUGAGUUGACUUUCCGGCUAUGCUGUGAUGAAGAGGCACCUCCUAGUUGGCCUGCAGAGUUGCUCCAGUCUAUAGCGCGCUACGUGACCUCUAGUGAGAGUGUGUUAUGUGUAGGGGAUCACAUCUCAUGGCAUAGUGCUCUGGAUGGUGGGGAAGGGAGACUAGAGCACUUGCUCUUAUGUGAGGACCCUCAACUACACCCACUCACUACUGAUCAUGGACAGCUGACAUUCAUUCAAUGUGUGGGUGUUGAUAAAGAAGAGCUCCAGUCUGCACAAUGGUGGAACUGUUUGGGAGUCCUAUCACUCAUGGCUCAACACACAGUUACUGGUGGUCCAUUGCUAGUCACUGACAUGCGUAGGGGAGAGUCCCUAUUCACUGUGGACCCCCCAGCCAAGGGGGUGGUGGAUGCUGGUGUGUCCUCACAAGGGUCACUACUUAGUGGAGUCAAUGCUCUCGUCUCUUGGAACGCUCCUCCUAUGACCUCUGACCCCCAGUUACCUCGGCCUAUGGAGGAGGUUAAAGUUCAGCUAAGCAGAGAGGCGUUGUUGCUCAUACCAGUUGUCAUAAGGGGUCGACUGAAGCAUGGUCGCCACUUCACCUUCAAGAGUAUGACUGGUGAUGUGUGUGCAGUGACGCUGGUGGUGGGCGGUGUGGAGGGGGCGUUGUGCAGUGAGGCUAGUCCAAUAGUAGCUCAUGGUCUCUGGUUACAAGUGUUCUUGACUAGUAGAGAACUGGAGAGCUUGGAGAAUGGUGUGAGGGGAUUGUUGGAGGCAAGAGUAGACGAGUUUGAGAUGAGUGAGGUUCAUGUGCAGUGGACCAUUCUACAAGAACCAUGAACACUAUAACACGCACUCUUGAUAUCACUGUUACAUGUACAUUGUAGCAUGCAAGUACACCAUAUUUUCAUCCCAUGCAAAUUAAAUCUGUUUAAUAUAAUAA